AUGUUUUCUAAUCGCGAGGCCCGCUUGUCCAUGGACAGCUUGUCGUCACCGCUAUCGUCUCCCAAGGGUCGCGGCGAGUUUCCCUUUCACCGACAGGGCUCGGUCUCAUCGUUUACGGCUGGAAGACGAGGUUCGAACGCAAGUUCGAUACAUUCUAUAGGAGGUCAUCUUGAUACCGCGAGUAGUUGGGGCCAGCCGGUCACUGAGAGUGGCCAAAAUGCCAUAUCUACUCUCCUGCAGCCCCCUAUUGUCCGAACCGGCUUAUUACCACAUACAACUGCUCCGGCUUCCAGCGCGCACAAACCUCCGACGGCAAGGGAUAUACCCCCAGUAACCCUGACCAACAUACCGCAUAUUGAUGCUUCUGAAUUCAAACCGUACUUGUCACAAGUGGGCGCUCUAUACGAACAAUUGCGCCGAGUGAAGGAAAGCGAAGAGGACGGGUCAGAUCUGGUGUUCAGGCGAAAGUCGGACUUGACAAACUUCGCAGACGACGGUCAUCUUACCCCUGGCGCAAAUCGUGGACGGCCGACAAGUUCUCGCAAGCCAUCAAAUGCAUCGUUAACCAUGUCACCAAUGGAGUCACCCCAGAUGCGCCGUCGAUCCAGCUCAGGUUUCGGAAGAAGAGCUGUACAAGGACCGCCACCGCUCAACACUAUUCCGAAUGUUUACUUUGAAGAGGACUUUCAUCUGGAAAACCCUCGAACGUUUGACGUAGUUAGCGAGCGAUCCGAGGUGGUUCGACAAGCAUCAGGGUCGACAGAUGACAAGGCGAUGUUGAAUGGGAAUGCUAGCGCUCCUCGGAAGGCCCUCGCUACCAAUGCAAUUCUCCAAGAAAAGUUGUCAUGGUACAUGGACACCAUUGAAAUGCACCUCAUCAACUCCAUAUCAACUGCUUCGACCACCUUUUUCACUGCGCUUGGUUCUUUAAGAGAGCUCCACUCGGAAGCUGCAGAAUCUGUGGACAGGAUCAAGACAUUGCGAAAAGAAUUGGAAGCUUUGGAUCACGAAAUUGCUACAAGUGGUCUGGAAAUAGUGCAAAAGCGUCGUCGGAGGGAGAACCUACAACAACUGAAUAACGCUAUACAACAGCUCCGUGAAAUUGUAGAGGCUGUUGCGGUGUGCGAGUCUCAAGUCGAUGCAGGAGAAGUGGAAAAAGCACUUGAGAGCAUUGAAGGCUUGGAGAAUUUGAUGGCUGGGCGGAGCAGACCGAUCAUUGCCGGCUCCAAGCCAGACUCCGGGCUACCGUUGAUGGACUUGAGGGAAGCGACUGCACUCCAAGGAGUUACAGGCGACAUGUCGACUCUCCGGUACCGUAUUGGAAAGGCGUUUGAGUCCAAAUUUAUUGACAUACUGCUUGGGGAUUUGAGACACCACAUUGAUACUAUCUCAAGUCACGAAGUUUUACUUCGAUGGAGCUCUUCUGCAAAUCGGUCUCGGGGUGGUCAUAAGAGGGACACGUCGAAGCCGCCGGCUUAUUUGAGCUCGAUUGACAAACUGCGUGCAGAUUUGAUGCCCAUACUCUCUGGCUUGCAUCAGUCGAAGCAUGUCACCACGGCUAUAGCCUCUUAUCGCGAGGUUGUCCUACGUGAAAUCCGAAGUCUCAUUCGGCGACCACUACCAAGUUCAAACGACGAUGACAACAUGACCAUUAAUUCGACAUCCACCUCAAGCGUCAGUAGACUCUCACAGCAAGAGAAAUCCUCCAUCCUAGCGCGAAACUUGAGAGCAUUGGACUACCAGGAUGCCGAAGAUCUCUACCAGAAGAUUUAUAUAAGUGUUACCGAGACACUGCGGAGACUGACUACGCAGGUCAAAGUCCUCUUUGACGUCGCCAGUUCCAUGGGACAAACACCGGAUCCAGAUCCCAUGUUUGGCCUACGCUCUCCACCUCCUUUGAAAUCGCCACCGCUCAAUAGCGCAAACCGUGAGCUGCAGGAAGACAUCCACUUGACCAUGGACAUGGCAAAUCUUCUGGGUCAAGCUGUAGACAUUGCGCAAGAGAAGAUUGUGAAGGUGCUACGGGUCCGAGCUGAACAAAGCACACACCUGCCACUCGUUUGGUUUUUGCGGUACUUUACCUUGAAUCUGUAUUUUGCCAACGAGUGCGAAUCCAUAUCCGGCCGCAGCGGUACCUCGCUAAAGACAGUGGUCAAUACACAAAUUAAGGAUUUCAUCCAAUAUCAUGGCGAUUCGGAGAAGCAAAGUCUUGUACAAGGAAUGGAUAUUGAUCAAUGGAGCGCCAAAGACUUUGCAGAAAAGGAUACCGUUUUACUCGAACGCAUCCUCGAUUCUAGCACCAAAGAUGCCGAGGCGUGGUCGGUGGGCAAGGAUAUUUGGAAUCCGUACACAGAAGCGGCUCCGGCGACGAAUGGACGACCGCGGUCCGAGUCAAAUGGCGGAGCACCAAAGGAGAAAACUCGAAGUGCGAUCAUCGAAGGAGAAUCCUUCAUAUUGCCAAAUUCAGCCAUCCUAUGUCUCGAGGGCAUGUCGCAUUUCUUGCACCUGACAGCGGGCAUUCCCUCCAUGGCCCCGGAUAUUUCGUCUUCUCUGAUUGCUUACCUACAACUGUUUAAUAGCCGCUGUACUCAAUUGAUCCUUGGAGCUGGUGCCCUCCGCUCUGCAGGUCUGAAGAAUAUCACCACUAAACAUCUAGCAUUGGCAUCACGGGCCUUUGCAUUUGUAUCAACACUGAUCCCGCACGUCCGAGAAUUCGUGCGGCGGCAUGCCGGCUCUGGACCGAACGUCAACAAUGCCUCCGUAUCUGCUUUGAUGGGCGAGUUCGACAAGGUGAAGCGACUAUACCAAGAGCACCAGAACAGCCUCUAUGACAAGCUUGUCGAAAUUAUGAGCGGCCGUGCGGCAGCUCAUACCAAGACGAUGAAGGCAGUGGACUGGAACAAACGACUUCCGGAUGAUGGCCAGAUUGGCGUGAAUGCUUACGUGGAGACCUUGGCCAAGGAGACUGUCACAUUGCACCGCGUUCUCACCAAGCACUUACCUGAGGACACGGUGCGCCUAAUCAUGGCGCCAGUGUUCGAAAGUUAUAAGACUCAGCUGGGUAGGGCGCUGCAGGGGCAUGAGGUCAAGGAGGAGAGCGGUGUCAAGCGCAUGGCAUACGAUAUCAAUUACCUCAUCACCCGCCUCUCCAAGAUCGAAGGGUUCGGUGACACUGGAGAAUAUCUCCUAAAUAUCGUCAAUUCCAAGAAAGUAGACUCGCCACCUCCAGCUGUACCGGAAAAGGAUAGCUCGGAGGCAAAAGAAACCGACGGGACGAAGACAGACGAAGGGGCAAAUGGCCAAGAGCCUGAAAAGAAGGACAGCGACUCUAAUUGA